AGUGUAACUUUUAUGCGCUUUUGACGGACACUAAGUAACUUUUGGAGUGGGUUCCAGUGGCUGCUAUUUCAGUGAUAUAAUUAUGCUAAGUUACUUGAGUAGCCGGUAAAAAUUUCAUUGAGGACAGACUUAAACCACCGGACACUGACUGGCCUCAACACAAACUUCCAUCAAAUUCUUGAAAUUGCACUCCCGCCAUUAUUGAAAAUUUAAAGGAAGUCUGCAGAUGGCAGAGUUGUUAAAAUAGAAGAAGCUGUAUAACUUAGGUCGGCAUAGAAUGUCAUCAGUGCUGAUCCUGCAUUUCAACGAUGUGUACAACAUCGAACCACAGAGGGAUGAGCCUGUGGGCGGGGCCAGUCGGUUUGCAGGGUACAUUCAUUCCUGCAGACAUGAAAAUCCGCUGGUUCUUUUCAGUGGUGAUGUCCUGAACCCAUCUCUUAUGAGUAUUUUCAUGAAAGGCGAGCAGAUGAUACCGGUUAUGAAUGGCAUCGGUGUCAGAUGUGCGCUAUAUGGCAAUCAUGACUUUGAUUUUGGGGUUGAUCACUUGCAAGAAGUGGCUAAGUCUACCACAUUUCCUUGGUUGCUAAGCAAUGUCCAGGAUAAUCUCAGCCAAGAACCAUUAGCACUGGGAGAAGUCACUCAAAUGUUGGAGUGGAAUGGAAUCAAGAUUGGUCUUGUCGGUUUAGUUGAAGAGGAAUGGAUUGAAACAUUGGCCACUCUUGAUCCUGAUGAUGUCACAUACAUUGAUUUUGUAGAUGAAGGAAAACGACUUGCAAACAUUCUAAGAAAUCAGGGAGCUGACAUUGUGAUAGCUUUAACCCACAUGCGCUGGCCCAAUGAUAUCCACUUGGCUGAAAGUGUCGACGAGAUUGAUCUCAUAUUAGGAGGUCACGAUCAUGAUUAUGAUACCAAAGUUGUUAAUGGUAAAUACAUUGUAAAGAGUGGGACCGACUUCCGUAAUCUGAGCCGUGUGAUGAUAAGCCGUGACGUACACGGAUGGUGUGUAGACGUAGAGCGUGUGGACAUCGACUCCAGUGUCCCUGAAGACCCACUCAUGAAAGAGAUUGUCAAUGAGAAACUCGGACAAGUGGAAUCCAAAAUGGAUACCUACUUGGGUGAUAUGGGAGUGGAGUUGGAAGGAAGGUUUUCACGCAUCAGGAGCCAGGAAACAAACUUAGGUAACUUCGUCACUGACAUCAUGCUGACUGCCACCAAGGCCGAUGUGGCUAUCCUCAACUCGGGGACAUUCCGCUCGGACAGAGUCCACCCUAGAGGCAGAUUUACUAUACGAGAUCUACUCACCAUCUUACCCAUGGUCGAUCCACUUAUUGUUAUCAAAGUUACAGGUGAUAAACUAUUGAAAGCGUUAGAGAAUGGUGUAUCUCAGUAUCCGGUACUGGAAGGCCGAUUUCCACAAAUUGCGGGAGUGGUGUUUGGUUUUGAUCCCAGCCUGCCACCCGGUCAGCGGAUUGAUCCAGAAUUGGUCAAAGUUCAAGGACAUUAUAUGGUGUUAGACCGGGAGUAUACCUUGUGUACAAAGGAAUACAUGUACUUUGGAAAAGAUGGUUAUGGAGCUUUGAGUGACAGUGAGAUUGUGGUGAGUUCCGAGCAAUGCCAGGCACUGAGUACCACAGUUCAGAACCAUUUUGAAUCAGUUCAGAUACAUCUUGGUCAACUCCCCUGCAAGUCAGGGCACCGCCAGAGUCUCAUCUCUCUGUCUCGGAAAGAUAUCAUUGUCCUGCGAGCGGGUUUGAAGAACAAGAAGCCUUGGCCUCUGGUUCGACAGAACAGUAUCCAUGCAGCAGAAAACGAAAUGAGUUUUCUCUGCCCCAAAGUGGAUGGGAGAAUCUUUAUUAUUAAUGAGGAGAAAAGGCAAAUAAUGUUGGCUUUAAAGCCAUCGUUCAACUCUGAACAGCUCUGUGUAAUGAGUGAAGAGUUUGCCAGUGGAAGUACAGACAGCAUGAACAGUGAACCGGACAGCUAGCGGAACAUGCAGCUAGAAAUCAGCAGAGAUAGAAAGACAAGCAGAUGGGACGUCUGGAGAAUCUGGUAACUUCGUGAGCCAAAUAAUUAUCCACAGUUAUUAUUAUUAUUAUUAUUUUUCUUUUGUGAGCUGUUUUUUGUUUUUGUUCUCUCUUUUUUUGUUAAUGUUACAUCAAGUUUAUAUCUAACGGGAUCAAGUUUAUAUUC